CGUUGACUUCGUACGCGGCCUCCGCUGAAACUGCCACGACCGCCGCUGAAAGGACCACGACCCCACCAGUGUUCCGUCCGCCGCUGCCUUGAGGAGCGUGACUGGUGCCGCUGCCUGAACCUUCUGAAGCCGCGACCCGCUGACUGCCGGAGGACUGCCCGGAGGAGAAAAGGGCUGUGCCGCCGGUGUUGGUGUCAUCCAAGUCGUUUUGUUGUCCUUCAAGAAGGAGAAGGGCAGACCGUGUCUCAAUGAAAGACGGCAUCGGAACUUGGUAUUGAAGGAAAUUCACUUGAGAACGCAGGUCUUGCGGUAAGCCACGGAUAAGUUGAAGGACCAGGGCGUUUUCAGAGACCGGCGCAUCCACAUCCGCGAGGCAGUCCGGGAGAUUUUGCAUAGCUUAGCGCCUUCUUGUCUCACCAUGGAGGCUAUGUCCGAUGCUAUGGCCGCUGAUUCCCCAGAGAAGCCCUUCUGCCGUCCCCGCAACUUUGUUUUCAAGAGAUUUUUGCAGCGAAUUCAGGACAUUGAUAUCAAUGUAUACAGGAGUCUCGACCCCAUUAAAGCUGAGCCAUCUGAAGGAUCCUCGUUUUUUCGCGAUUGUCUUGUAGAAUACAGAGAAUUAAACACAGCAGAGGAUUUCAUUUCAUUUUAUGAAGACAUGUUGCCCUUGGUACAGACACUACCUCAAAUUGUGCUGCAGAAGGAAUUAAUACUCUCGGAGCUUCUUUCUAGAUUGCACAUGAAGGGCAAACUAUCACUUGAACCCAUUUUAAGGCUAAUUGCAGCUUUGUCUAGAGAUUUGGUGGAUGACUUCUUACCGUUUCUUCAUAGGGUUGCCAAUUCUUUUGUAGCUCUUCUAAAAAAUGGUGCUGAUAGAGAACCUGAAAUAAUUGAGCAGAUUUUUAGGUCAUUGUCAUGCAUUAUGAUGUACCUACAGAAGUACCUUACAAAUGAUGUUGUUCAUGUUCUAAAGGCUACCGUAAAAUUGAGAUACUUUCCCAAAGUGUACGUGCAAGAAUUCAUGGCGGAGUCACUAUCAUUCUUGUUGAGAAAUGCUUCUUUACAGCAACUUAAAAAAGGGAUUCAACACUUGAUGCUUGAAGUUUCGAAGAAACCAUCACUAACCAGAAAGUCCGCAAUCAGUUCCUUACUAUUAUAUACGAUGAUAGGAACUCCAUCAAGAUUUCAUUCAAGGGCUGAUAAUGUUUUGUACCUUCUGAUUGGUAACUCCCUUUAUAGCAUUGCCGAUCAUUUUGAUGGAGGCUCAGGAACUGUUCUUGAAGUUGUUGUUAGUGCAUUUCAAAGGUUGUGUGAGAAUGUGAAGCCUAACGAGCUAGAUUUGAUGUGGGGUUGCUUAGUAAAGGGAAUAACUAACAAUGCUACAAGUGGUGACUCAGUGCAUCUUUGCCGGCUUUUAUCACUGCUUAUUUCUACUGUGCAAAAGAAAUAUGUGGAAAAAUUUUCUGAUUAUCAACAAGUUCUUGAAGUAAUCAGUUUGCUAGUACGGACUUACUUCGGUGAGAUGAUGGAUCCGGCACCAGAGCUUGUUGACAAAAUUUUGUUGUUGAUACUUUGUACUGUUGAUGGCCUUCACAAAGCUAAUAAGAUGUCAGAUCUCACCUGUUUCUCACAGUGGGAUCCUUUGUUUGAUUUGAGGAAUAAAAGUUUGGCUACAUUUGUGAAAGAUUUUCUCUCAAAGGACCUUUCUGUCAUCCAUUUGUUUCGAGCCAACAUUAUAAGCGCAUUAAUUUUGUUACUAGAGAUUUCAGAGGAUGAGUUCAUAGAAUUGAUGUACAUGUUUUGUGAGAGGAUACCAGUACAUUGGAAGAGCUUCUUUGAUGGAGUACCUGAAGAGAAAAUGUCAAGAAUUUGUACUUUCUUUGAGAAAGCUAUAAAUCUUUGGAUUCAGCGCAUCAGCGAUGUGAAAGAAAAUGGGGUUUCCUUUCAAGAGAAUAGUUUGGGAUUCCUGUGGGGAAUAAGUGGAUGCUAUCCGUACAUGAACGAUGGCAGAGCAAAUCCUUCCCUUCUUAUGGACUUAAUGUAUGCUAUAGAUGAUCUUUUAAAGGUGAAGUCAGACUUAUGUACAAAAGCAUGGCAAUGCUUGAUUGGUUCUACUUUAAGUUCUUUUCUUAAGUUACUGGAUGUUCAAAAUGCUGCAUUGAUGGAGUCUGAAGUGAGUAAAUUUUUAGAUCUUGCAAGAAGGCACAGAUUGUGCCCUCAGAUAUUGUCUGGGGUGGCUGAUAUCUUGGAUUCUAUUUAUGGAAAACAAGCCGCUGAUAAUCCUAUUCAGCACUAUCAUCCAGAACUUGGUGCAAGUGAAGUUGUGACUGCUCUAGAUAUAUUUUCUGAAAAUUUAUGCCACCGUGACAAGGAAAUCCGCCUUUCUACUUUAAGAAUCUUGUGCCAUUAUGAACCCAUGUGUGAUGGAUAUUCUAGAAAGGAACUUACUGAGAAAAAACAAAGUGAUGAUCCUCAAGCAUGUGCUGUAUCUGACCUGGGCUGUAAUGUUGUUCAGCUCCUUCUGUCAAUAGAAGAAAUGCCUUUGUCAAUUGCUGCCAGCAGAAAACUUGAACUACUUGUAUCUAAAAUACAAAGGAGUCUAUCAUCUGCAAGGAUACAUGAACAUCUCAUUCCUGUAGCUUUGAAUGGUGUAAUAGGGAUCCUUUACAACAAAUUCAGUUACUUAUGGAGUCCUGUUUUGGAAUGCAUUUCUGUCUUACUUGAGAAUUACCAUGGGAUGCUUUGGGAUGGAUAUGUGAAGUACCUUGAUUACUGCAUCUCCACCAUUCUAAGUCAUGAUGAUCAAAAUUGUAUGGGAAGUAUUAAAUCAUUUGGAAAUGAUGAUGGUUUGAACGGGCGAUUCUGGUCUUACUGUUCUUCAAUGUCAGAAAGUACUUCGUCUCCAAAAGUUUUUUCUUUGCUUAUUCAAUCAUUACAGAGAGUUUCAUCUGUUGCUGAAUCUCGUUCUCGGCAAGUAGUACCAUUGUUUUUGAAAUUCCUGGGAUAUAAUGUUGAAGAACUUGUGAGUGUUGAUUCGUAUAGCACAAUGGAUUUCAAAGGGGAAGAGUGGAUGGUGAUUCUUAGAGAAUGGCUAAACCUAUUCAGACUCAUGAGAAAUCCCAAGGCAUUUUACCACAAUCAAUUUUUAAAAGAUGUCUUACAAUAUAGGCUUCUUGAUGAGAGUGAUGCUGAGUUGCAGAUGCAAGUUCUUGAUUGCUUGAUGCAUUGGAAAGACAAUUUUAUGCUCCCUUACUACCAGCAUCUAAAAAAUUUGAUCAUUUCAAAAAAUUUGAGAGAGGAAAUCACUACUUGGAGUUUGUCAAGGGAUUCACAUCUCAUUGACAAACAACAUAGAGGUUUCCUUGUGCCUAUGGUUAUCCGAAUACUUGCUCCAAAAGUGAGAAACAUAAAAAAUCUUGCAUCACGAAAGGAUGCAAGCAUACAUCUCAGGAAGGCAAUUCUUGGCUUUUUAGCGCAGCUUGACAUUGAAGAGUUGCCACUUUUCUUUUCCCUGUUAGUAAAGCCUCUUGUAGGAAGAGAUGCAGGUUUUGUUGGAAACAUUGAAUCUCUUUGGAGUAAACCUCAAUCCUUAAAUGACGAAUCUAAUUUAUAUGAAGUCUUCAAGCAUGUUGCAUCAAAUAACAUCAGCAACCAUUGGAAGAAGAUAAACAGUUUUCUGCAUGUGAUUGAGGAGACUGUGGCUAUUUUUGAUGAAACACGUAUUAGUCCGUUUCUUAAUCUAUUAUUGGUAUGUGUAUCAUGUUUGCUGGAAAGCUGCACAUCGGCUCUUGACAACACAGAUAGUACGCUGAUCGAUGCUUAUCAUAGGGAUGCCAUCACCACCGAUACUGUGACCCAAACAGCUAUUGAGAAGCCGAAGGAGCUGCGAUCUUUUUGUUUGAGGAUCAUUUCUUUUAUUCUUAAUGAAUAUGAAGAUCAUGAUUUUAGCCCCAAAUUCUGGGAUUCCUUUUUCAAAUCUGUGAAACCAUUAAUUGCUGGUUUCAAGCAGGAAGGUGCCAGUAGUGAGAAACCAAGCUCUCUAUUUUCUUGCUUUCUUGCAAUGAGUAGAAGCUACAAACUCGUGUCAUUAUUGUGUAGAGAGAAGAACCUUAUUCCAGAUAUUUUUUCUAUGUUAUCCAUCCCAACAGCGUCCCAGGCUAUUGUUUGUUAUGUUCUUAAGUUCAUUGAGAAUCUCUUGAUUCUGGAUAAUGGGCAGAUUGAUGAAGAAAAAACUAUCAAGAAAUUGCUGCUUCCCCACCUUGAUGUCCUUGUAUCCAGUUUGCAUAAACGCUUUGUGAGUAAUGGAUCAAGCAAAAGGAAACUCACUACAUAUCCAGCAAGAAAUGAACUGAAUGUUUUCAAGCUGUUAUCAAAGUACAUAGAUGAUCCUUUAGCCGCAAAGAAAUUUGUUGAUGUUUUGCUUCCACUUUUAUCAAAGAAAUCUCAUACUUCUGAUAUAUGCGUGGACACGCUGCAGAUUCUUAGGCAUGUAGUAAGACCAAUAGAGAAUAAAAGUGUUAAAAAUAUUCUCAAAUCAGUGUCUCCACUUCUUAUAUCUGGUGGUCCAGAUAUCAGGAGUUCUGUUUGUGAUGUUCUUGAUGCUCUUGCUGGAAAAGAUUCAUCUUUACCCUUUCUGGCAAAACUGCUCCGUGAGCUGAAUGCAAGUUCUGCCUCCGAAAUGGGUGAUCUUGAAUAUGAUACCAUAAUUGCUGCUUAUGGUCAGUUGAAUGUAGAUUUUUUCCACAAUGUUGAGGAAGAACAUGCAUUGAUGAUUUUGUCAAAUUCUGUACGCGACAUGUCAUCCGAAGAGUUGAUUCUCAGGCAGAGUGCAUUUAGAGUGUUAUCAUCUUUCAUUGUAUUUUCUGGUCAAAUUCUUGAACUUGAAGUGAAACCCAACCAUGGGUAUUCUGGACCUUGGGUUAUGCACAUUGCAAGCACCUUUCUUUUGAAGCACAUGGGAAAUGCAAUGAACAAAGAGGGCCCAGUUAGAAAGUCAUGGAUUGAUCUACUGCGUGAAAUGGUGUUGAAGCUUCAUAAGAUGACAGAAUUCAAUACAUGUUCUGUUCUGUGCAGUGAAGAUCCCGAACAGGAUUUUUUCAACAACAUUGUUCAUUUACAGAGGUCCAGAAGGGCUAAGGCUCUAUCUCGUUUUGGCAAUGUAGUCAGUUCCAGGAGUUUCUCUAAGGGUAUUAUUGAGAGAGUUUUUGUUCCUCUCAUUUUCAAUAUGCUAUUAGAUUUACAAAAAGGGAAUGGUGAAAAUAUCAGAAGUACAUGCAUAAAUGCUCUUGCAUCAGUUUCAAAGUGGAUGGACUGGAAGGCAUACUAUGGAUUACUUUUGAGAUGCUUUCAUAAGAUGACUCUACAACCUGACAAACAGAAGAUGUUAAUGCGGCUUAUAUGUUCCAUACUUGACCAAUUCCAUUUUUCAGAAGCAAAUUUUGUUUGUGAAAUUAAAGGUUCUACAGAGAAUAUUCCAAAUCCUGGCACCAGUAAAGAACCAUCUAAAUUGCCAGCAACCUUUCCUGGAUUUGUUGAUACUUCUAAAAUUCAGACUUGCCUUCAGAAAGAUGUGCUUCCCAGGGUACAAAAGUUCUUGAUGUGCGAUUCUGAACAUGUGAAUGUAACUAUAAGUUUAGUGGCCAUCAAGGUGCUGAAAUUACUGCCUCGUGACAAUAUGGAAUUGCAACUUCCAAGUAUCAUACAUCGCAUCUCCAACUUCCUUAAGAAUCGUUUAGAGAGUGUGCGUGAUGAAGCUAGAUUUGCCUUGGCAGCUUGCUUGAAGGAGCUGGGAUUGGAAUACAUGCAAUUUAUCAUUAAAGUCUUGCGGGGCACUCUGAAAAGAGGAUUCGAAUUGCAUGUUUUGGGAUACACACUGAAUUUUAUAUUGACAAAAUUUCUUCUAAACCAUGCUAGUCUAAACUUGGACUAUUGUCUGGAAGAUCUUCUUUCUGUUGCUGAAAAUGAUAUUCUUGGAGAUGUUGCUGAAGAGAAAGAAGUGGAGAAGAUUGCUUCAAAAAUGAAAGAGACUAGAAAGCAGAAGUCCUAUGAGACACUCAAGUUGAUUGCACAGAGCAUCACUUUCAAAACCCAUGCCUUAAAGCUUCUUUCGCCUGUUACUGUACAUCUACAAAAGCAGUUGACUCCAAAAGAGAAAUCAAAAUUGGAGAACAUGCUGAAUCAUAUAGAAGAUGGUAUACAAUGCAAUCCAUCAGUGAAUGAGAAGGAACUCUUUGUGUUUGCAUAUGGUCUCAUCAAAGAUGGCAUAAUGGAUGAACAUCUUUUUCGUGAAGAUAUGACCAUCUUAGAUGAAAGCCUACAAGAUAAAGAUGCAUUGAGUCACGAAAACACUGCUUCAAAUAGAUUGGUCAAUGUUCAUCGGCAAUGCUCCCAUAUGAUUACAGAGUUUGCACUUGGGGUGUUGCAGAACUACCUGAAAAACAUGAAAUUAGACAAAGGGGAUGAAAAGUUAUUAUCAAUGCUAGACCCUUUUGUAAGGCUAUUAGGGGAUUGUUUAAGUUCAAAAUAUGAGAAUAUCAUAUUUGCAUCACUAAAAUCCCUAUAUUCAAUAGUAAGGCUACCUUUGCCAUCCCUUGAAAAUGAAGCUGACCGGAUUAAAAAUUCAUUGUUGGAUAUUGCUCAAGGUUCAACAAAUGCCAGUACUCCAUUGAUGGAAUCAUGCAUCAAAUUGUUAACACUGCUUCUGCGUAUGACCACAAUGAGUCUUUCCACAACGCAACUCCAAUCACUUGUUCAAUUUCCUUUUUUUGUUGAUCUUGAAAGAAAUCCUUCAUUUUUGGCCCUCUCGUUGUUGAAAGCUAUAAUUAUCCGAAAGUUGGUGGCUCCUGAAAUAUAUGACUUUGUCAAGAGGGUUGCAGAGUUGAUGGUAACAAGUCAGGUUGAUUCAAUUCGCAAGAAGUGCAGUCAGAUUCUUCUUCAAUUCUUACUUCGCUAUGAGAUUUCAAAGAAACGCUUUCAACAACACCUUGAUUCUUUACUUGCAAAUCUGAGAUAUGAACAUUCAUCUGGUAGAGGAGCUGUUCUUGAAAUGCUUCAUGUAAUCAUAAUGAAAUUUCCCACUAGGAUAGAUGAGCAGGUUCAUACUAUUUUUAUGCAUCUGGUGAUAUGCUUGGCUAAUGACCAAGAUAACAAAGUCAGAUCCAUGGCUGGUGCUGCCAUAAAGCUGCUUGCAGGCCGUGUGAACUCUCAUUCGCUUAAAUCCAUACUUGAGAAUUGUUUUUCUUGGUAUGUAGUUGAGAAGCAGCAUUUGUGGAGUUCUGCAGCACAGGUUUUGGGGUUAUUGGUGGAAGUGAUGGGGAACAGUUUUCAGGAGUAUGUUGCUCAAGUUUUACCUGUGAUGAGAAAUAUCUUGCAAUCUGCAUCAGAAGUUCUUACCGAUAAACAGCUAGGCAUCUCGGAGGAUGUAAUUUCCCUUUGGAAAGAAGUAUAUUAUUCGUUGGUUUUGUUAGAGAAGAUUUUACAUCAAUUUAUUGCACUGUGCUUCACAAAGGAGCUUGAGGACUUGUGGGAGAAAAUAUGUGACUUUCUUCUAUAUCCGCACAUAUGGGUGCAAAGCAUAUCACGUCGCCUUAUAGCUUUUUACUUCGCUAGAGUUGCGGAGGAUUGCAAAGAAAAAAAAGUGCUAGAGUCGUUCUUCUUAAUGAGACCAAGUAGACUGUUCCACAUUGCUGUUUCUCUUAUUUCUCAACUGAAUGUGCAGUCUGUUGACAAUGAUGCUGGAUCUGUGAUCUCACAAAAUCUUGUGUUUGCCAUUUGUGGUAUACAUGGAUUACUAGUAGCCUCCAAACAUCCCGGAAAUGGUUCUGCCUUUGGACCUGAUGAGCAAAGCCUCUUAGUAAAAGCUUUUAAUUUGCUUGAUCCAAAGAAGGGAAGAUACAUCUUUACAUCUUUCAACUUUGGUCCUAAUGCUCAAUACGACGAUGUACAUAAAGCUGAGUACCAAGGCAAUAUGAUAAUUUCUAGUCUGCUCAAGAGGAUGGGGAAGAUUCCUAUUCAGAUGGAGGCAGUGCAGGCAAAAAUUGUGCUGAACUGUUUCAAGGCAAUUUCCACAAAACUUGUUGAUGUUUCAAGGGUAAUGACCUCCGAAGGCGAAGUUGACUGCCAGAGCUAUGCUUAUCAGAUGCUGCUACCACUAUAUAAACUUUGUGAAGGACAAGCUGGGAAAGUAAUUUCAGAUGAUGUGAAGCAGUUGGCUCAAGAGGUUUGUAAAAGCAUUCAAAAUGUUUUGGGAACACAGACUUUCGUGCAAGUUUACAGCCAAAUAAGGAAAAAUCUCAAGGCAAAGAGGGACAAACGGAAACAAGAGGAGAAAGUUAUGGCAGUUGCGAAUCCAAUGCGAAGCGCCAAGAGGAAGUUGAGAAUUGCAGCCAAGAGUAAAGCUAAUAAGAGGAGGAAAAUAAUUUCCAUGAAAAUGAGGAGAUGGAUGCGGUAAGACCGAUUGAUCUCACUUUUUGGUGUUUUUUGUUAAAAACUUGGAUCUCAACAUAGCAUCUGGUUCAUUGAUCUCACUUGAGAGAUUGUGUAACCAUAGGGAGUCAGUGUAUGUGCAUAUAGUAUUUAACUGUAUAUCAAAUUUUGCUCCAGCACACUCAUUCACAUGAGAUUUUUUCAUGGCCUGAUUUUUCUUGAGUUUUUUGUUCUCUUAAAAUUGUAUUUUCACAAAGCAGAAUUCCAAAAGCAGUUAUUAAACACAAGAAUUAAGCUACUUAUACCCC